GAUAUCAACUUUUGAGUAUAAUAUAAAUGACAUAUAUUGUAUUUUUACCAAGUUUUAUCUCUUUAGCUAUAGAAUGCAUUCUGUAAGUAGAUCACAAAAUGUUUGCAUCUCCUUUAUGGCCAAGGCCUUCACAAUCGAAGCACAUUUAUGAAGAACUUAAUUCUGUGUCGUUGCCCUCGACCCAGCACACUACUAACCUCCAUGAAAAAAAAAAACAACCAAAAAACACAACCCAACCGCAUUUUAGCCCUUUGUCUUAUCACUGCACUGUUCUUAAGACCAUGGCCAGCGAUAACAAUUCGCUCAUAAAUCUGUAGCUUCUCUGCUGAUGCUACAAGUCUGACAACUGCAGCGCUAGUGCGACAGUUGACAAAAAAUGAGAAGCAAAGAAAUUCUUACGGCGUUUAGUGUGAUAUUGUACAUGAAUGUGUUCGUGUACCCGAGCACAGCCACCACCCGGAAUGACCCCAGACGUCAGUUGCACGACUACCCGUUUCGUAACGUGUCGCUCAGCUGGCAAGAGCGCGUGGCGGACCUGGUCGGUCGUCUGACUUUGGAGGAAAUACAAGAACAGAUGGGAAGAGGAGGGGCUGGUAACAUAGGUGGACCGGCGCCCGCCAUUCCUCGCUUGGGUAUCGGUCCGUACGAGUGGGACACAGAGUGUCUAAGAGGAGAUGCGGAAACUCCUGGAUACGCCACCGCCUUCCCCCAGCCGCUGGGACUCGCUGCUUCGUUUAGCCCCAACCUAAUUUACGAAGUGGCAGAGGCGACAAGUGUGGAGGUGCGGGGUAAACACAACGACUUCGUGAAGCAAGGCAACUAUGGCUUCCACACCGGCGCCAGCUGCUUCUCGCCAGUCAUCAACAUCAUGAGGGACCCCAGGUGGGGGCGGAAUCAGGAAACAUAUGGAGAGGACCCUUAUCUCAAUGGAGUCAUGGGCGCUAGUUACAUCCAGGGGCUUCAAGGGGACGACCCACGUUACGUCAGGGCCAGUGGCGGGUGCAAACACUUCGAUGUCCACGGCGGGCCGGAGAACAUUCCAGUGUCAAGGUUCAGUUUUAACGCCGUUGUGUCCGAGAAUGACUGGCGAACCACGUUUUUACCUGCCUUCAGAAUGUGCGUGGAAGCCGGAUCAUACAGUGUCAUGUGUAGCUAUAACAGGAUCAAUGGUGUACCAGCGUGUGCUAACCAAGAGCUGCUGACGAACAUUUUGAGAAACGAAUGGAACUUUACCGGCUACGUCGUCAGCGACCAGGGUGCCAUUGAGAACAUCAUCAGUGAGCACCACUACUACAACGAUAGCGUCAGCACAGUGGCGGGCUGUGUAAAUGCGGGCGUCAACCUGGAGCUGUCUGACAACCUGCAGAACCCUGUUUUCUUUUCAUUAGUGGAGGCUGUUCAGCAAGGAAAAUUGACGGAACAAAAAGUGCGGGAAAUGGUUGCACCACUGUUUUACACCCGCAUGAGGCUCGGUGAAUUUGACCCCCCGGAAUUGAACCCUUACAGCAACCUGACCUCGGCAGAAGUUGAAACGGACGAUCACAAAGGUUUAGCGGUGGAGGCAGCUCUCAAAACUUUUGUAUUGCUGAAAAACAACGGAGUUUUGCCCUUACCGAAUCCCGACAAUAUCGCCGUGGUAGGCCCUAUGGCCAAUGUUACGAGCGACAUGUUCGGAGACUAUGCUCCCAAUGUCCCGGAUGAAGACAUCGUGACUGUGCUGCAAGGCAUGGCAGAGUUCGCUACCAACGUUCAUUUUGCAUCAGGGUGUGAUAACCCUGCCUGCAAGAAUUAUGACCGCGACAGCGUGCUGAACGUGAUAAACAACACGGCGGUCAUCUUCGUCGUGCUGGGUACAGGUCAAACAGUGGAAGCAGAAGGUCGGGAUCGUCCUGACCUAGAGUUACCGGGACAGCAGAAGGCCCUUCUGACCGAUGUCAUCCAGAACACGCCAAUGAGCACACCGAUCAUUCUGAUUUUGUUGAAUGCUGGCCCCCUCAACAUCUCUUUCGCUGAAAGUGAGGCCAAAGUUUCCGCCAUUUUGGAAUGUUUUCUACCCGCUCAGGCAUCAGGAAGUGCUAUCUGGCGGUCGAUUGCCAAUCUCGGUGGCCAAGCCGGUCCUGCUGGCAGGUUACCCUUCACCUGGCCUCUUCUGGCAUCUCAGCUGCCUGACAUGGUCAACUACUCCAUGGACGGGAGGACGUACCGUUACUUUAAAGGCGAUCCGCUCUAUCCCUUCGGUUACGGCCUGUCCUACACGACUUUCGCAUACCGUGCUCUCACUGUCCCGGCCUCCAUCAAGGCUGGUGACCCACUGCUUGGACAAGUGCUGGUCAGCAACGUUGGAGAGGUGGACAGUGAAGAAGUCGUCCAAAUUUACAUUGAAUGGUUGGACUCGUCAUUGUCUACGCCGAAACUGCAGCUGGUGUUUUUCAACCGGUAUAUAUUGACAGCUGGUCAGCGUGACCUUGUGGUGCCGUUCAAGAUCGAGGCUCAUCAGAUGGCGGUGUGGAUGAACGAAGGAUGGGUGGUCCCUAACGCGAGAAUGGCCAUCCACGCUGGGGGACAACAGCCGUACCAGAAAAAAACGGUUCCGAGUAAUGUUGAACUUGCAUAUUUCAACAUCGUUGGUUCUAAACACCUCGGACGCUUUUAAACUCAGUUGUUGGCGUGGAACACCUGAGAAACAUGCCUGAAGUGAUAUCUCGGCGUCGUGAAACCUCUCAUCAACAUGCAGUUAGUAU